UUGAACAGCUUCUCAAACUUGUAAUAAGCACCCUAUUGAUUCCCACGACUAUCUUUUUUGCUCCCAUCGCUUGCGACACCCGCUUGCUGUCGGGCACGCCACACGUCUUCCCCUAACUUGAUGAGUCAUGCAGCCAUGGGAUUCUUAGCAGUGACGAUUCAGCUACCAUCCACGCAACUGAGAGCCUGGCCAAACGCAGCCGAUCCGUGUUCGCUUGCAUCGCUUUUGUUGAACGUUCUUGGGAAAUGCUCAAGCGAAUGCAGGGUCCGAGGUCCCAAUUGCCGCGCAAGUGACAAAAAGCUACCUAUUCGACAUCAAGCGACAGCUGCACCGUAUGGCCUCCUGGGUUCGUCCGGCUCCGCGGCGGCCCGUCUAGAAGUUUUGGAAGAAGCCUUUUUGGACGACGGGAGAACCGCGGCACACGAGAGAACAGAGGGUCGGAAGAAACCAGCCGACAAACGAUUCGAUACUCAAGUGGCGGUUUCGGUUCUACCGUGGUCUCGAGUCAGGCUGAGUGCCCCACCGCCGACCGGUGUGUGAAGGUACAGACGGAAUAAUAGGUCCUCCGACGCAAUUGUCGAUAGAUAUCGCCUCCGGCCGCCUCCAUCGAGCUCCAGGCCCUCAACCAGUCUCCGCAGGCCCACAUUAUUCGCUGAUGACAUGGUCAAGACCGCGGUCACUCUGAAACGCUUCACAUCUGCACUCAAAAUGCAGUCUAGAAAACUCGCAGUACCAAGAUAGAUUGUGCUCAAACUGGGGGAUCCGCAGAUCUGCCCUGCAU